UUGUUUACGUUUAUUUUCUAUAGUGUUAUGGCUCCCCAAUUAAUGCCUUACAUUAAGAUAAAUAUUUCACACCUUAGAAAUAAUAAUAGACUCAGAAUUUUGUGAAAAUAUACAUGGAAUAUAAGUGUUGGAUAACAAAGUGUUUAGGAUUUACCGGAGUGUGUGAUUACAAGGAGAUAUGAAGCAUAUUUUUGACUGACAUUAUUGCGAGUUCAAGGCUACAUGAUAUGUGUAUAGACUUAUGUGGUUGUACAACAAAAUGACGAAAAAGACGUUAUAUAAAGCGUUAAUAAUGCAUAUUGAAAGUGUUACGAAGUAUUAAGUAUGUGAAGAUAUGGGUUCUAUGCGAAAAUUGCAAACAGAACAUAAUAGCCAUAUCAAGUUAUGUUUGGAUAAACCAUUCAUUGAUAAUCUCACCGCCAUUCGGAAUUCGUAAACAAGCAUUUGUGUUGAUUAUUGUCAGUUUUGGAUAAAAGUUCGAUUUAUACUGCGUCUAGUAUGAAUGUAUCAUACAAACACCCAUAUCAAACAUGUUUUUGAACAAUUCAAUUGUCGAACUACUUAUUUUAUUGUUCUUGGUCUGUGUAACCCCACGUGCUGGAUCAGUAGUCGAUGUCAAAAAAGUUGAGAUUGAGGGCCGUUACCAGUCUUAUGGAAUUUUAAAACUGUUGGUUCGGGACAGAUUUGUUUACGUCUGCAGCAAAAGUUUCAACAAUGUGGACGCUUCAGUUGUGUGCAGGCAGAACAGUUACCCCGAAGGCGGAUUUGCUAGUGUCUAUCCGAUCGAGCAUUUGCAAAAAGGCAACAAUAUGACCAUACUACCACUAAAGUUUGACUGCUUGGGCAAUGAGUCGAAUCUGUCACAGUGUUACAUCACACAGUUGGAUACUUGUGAGGAGGAGAAGGUGAUAACGAUCAACUGCGAAAUGGCUGUCACUGUGCAGAAAGUGUUCAUGGGCCCAUCUAACAGAUUGCUUGUACUUAUUGAUGGCAAGAAUUCCUCCAUGUGUUUCAAUGAAGACCUGCAUGAGGGCUUGUCGGACAUUGCCUGCAAGCAGCUCGGAUACACUAAUGGUGGCCGAUUUGCGCGAAUGACAGCUGACCCCAAAGAAGAGCUUGUGACCUAUAACUUCGAAUGCCAACCCAGGACCACUCGGCUUGAAGACUGCACCGUCAGGCGGAAUAUGGCUUGCCAACCCAGAUAUAGGGUGACUCUGCUCUGCCAAAGCCCAGUGAACAUCACAGAUGUGCAACUGACAGCCACCAAAGGUAUCCAGUAUGGAGUAGUGCAGGUCCAAGUCAAUCAGGGACAGUACUGGGCCCAUGUGUGCGAUAUGAACGAUGUCUCCAACUUCACCACGGUCAUAUGUCGACAGCUUGGCUUCUCUGAAGGGACCUCCUCAUAUGAUGAUAUGGACUACUGCAGUAACCAGCGUGUGAAGCUGUCCCCAAUCAUGUUUGGUUGCCAGGGAACGGAGUCGAGGCUGGACCAGUGUCUCUCUUACCUUGAAGGGGACUCCUGUCCCAAUGUGCAGGAUGACUUGAAGAACAAGGUUCCCCAUCUGACUGUCACCUGCAGGAAACACGUGUCCAUUCAUGCCGUGAACCUGACGAGGACCUCUGUCAGCAACUAUGGAGUGUUAGAGAUCCAGCUGGAGGCAAAUGGUCCCUUCAUGGCGGUGUGUGACGAUUCCUUCAACAGUAUUGCGGCUGUCGUGGCAUGCAAGCAGCUGGGCUACAAGUAUGGCCAGUAUCAACCAGCAUCUGCCUUAGGGACAACACAACAGGACAUUGUGGGAAUAAAGAUCGAGUGCAGUAGCGAGAAUCUGACCCACCUAAACGAGUGUAUGGUCAAGAAACUGUGGGGCUGCAUCUCCAGGGAAUAUGUGUCCCUGUUCUGUAGCAACGACGUAAUUGAAGAAAAAAGUCUUCAGGUUCGCAUUGAUGGUACAGACCGGUACUUUGGUGGGAUCAGUGUUAAGAAGUACGGAUUCUGGGGCCCUGUCUGUAACAAGGGCUGGACCAACACAGAGGCAAGGUCAGCCUGCCGAGCCCUGGAUUUCAAAGGGGGCGUGUCUUAUUAUGCAUCUGUGGGCUUCAACGAAUCCAACCUACCCAUAGCCGUGGGUCGCUUCAACUGCUCUGGUUCUGAUAGCUUUGCUAAUUGCCAGAAUAGGGGGUUUGGGGCUGACCUUGGCUGCCAGUAUCCAAUCACAAAGUACUCUAGAAGGAAGGUCGCUGGGGUCCUCUGCUUUGAAAAUGAAGCAAACAACAUUGAGUUUCGUCUGUCCGACCGCUGGUAUGGGGCAGUGGAGAUCAAGUAUGAGAACAAGUGGGGGAGAGUGUGCAACAAGAACUUUGAUGAUGUUGACGCCGGGGUCAUGUGUCGCCAGCUAGGCUACGUAGAUGGACGCGUCAGCAACCGAAAGGCCAAAAGCAACGCAGGUACCGUGCGUAUGGACAACAUUAAUUGCACGGGAGAUGAGGCGUCCAUCUUGGAGUGUCAGCAUGAGGGAUACUGGAACCGGAAUGAAAGGGGCAGCGAUUGCUCUGAUGCAGUCGUGCAGUGCAAUACUACCAUAUGCAACAGCAAGGACAUUCGUAACAGUGUUGUCAACCUACAGUACCUCCAGAAUUGCACGGUCAUCGAAGGAAACCUUACCAUCCUUCUCAUCGACUCCAAUUCCAUGGACGACUACAACAAGUACUCUUUCCCAAACCUCGUCGAAAUUACUGAGUUUUUGCUGCUUUUCCGAGCUAAAGGCUUGAAGACCCUUCGUGGCCUAUUCCCGAACUUGGCCGUUAUUAGAGGUGACCAGCUUCUCUAUGGAUAUGCAAUCGUGGCCUUUGAGAUGCCGGAUCUGGAGGAGCUUGGACUUCCAAGCCUCGUGUCGGUACCGCGCGGCGCGGUCAGGCUCACCAAGAACCCGAAUUUGUGCUACAUUGAGACCAUCGACUGGACGCGUAUCGUGAAGCAACACACUGAUAAUUUGUUCAAGCAGAAUAAGAUGCUGUCGGAGUGCGUGGACAAGUGCCAUGAGAGUUGCCCACUGGUGCCUGUGAAUGGGAAAAACCGCCAGCUUUGUUGGGGUAUAGCGCCAAGUGCAUGCCAGAAAACCUGUUCCGUGUGCCCCUCGGGUUUCUGCAAUGGUGAACAGUGCUGCAACAACUACUGCCUGGGCGGAUGCACAGGACCAGAACCUACGCAAUGCACCACUUGCAGGGACGUGAUGGAGCGAAACAGCGAGGGCUUCCCCCAGUGCAAACAGAAAUGUUCCGCAGGCACCUACAUAUACCGCAAGCAUCGCUGUCUGCUGGACCAUGAGUGCCUGAACUUCAAGGACUACAGCACGACCCAGUGUCAGCUGGAGGAGAAUGGUCCCAUGAGGAACUGCCUCAAACUGGUCCCUUUCCCGGACAGAACGACCCCUGGCGAGUGUGCCGCUGACUGCCCGCCAGACUUUGUUGUAGACCCUCUGAAUCCGCAGAAGUGCCAGCAGUGCACUGGACGCUGCCCCAAAGUGUGCGAAAAUGGACGCUACAUAGACACAAUCACCGCAGCCCAGCAGCUCAGGGAGUGUAAUAUCAUUCAAGGUCCGCUGUUCAUCAACUUCCUUAGUGGCAGUAACAUCGGUGAAGAGUUGGAGCGCAGUCUGGCACACAUUCAGGAGGUCACAGACUUUAUCAGUAUCACGCAUUCUGAGGCCCCACUGUCACUGCACUUCUUCAAAAGCCUCUCCAAGAUCAGUGGAAAGAAACUCUAUAGAGACAAGUACAUACUGUACAUCUACGACAACUCCAACCUGCAAGAGUUGUUCCUUGAGGAUGUUGCCGCCAACCUCACCCUGGGCAACGGCACCAUCCACUUCCAGAACAACCACAAGCUCUGUUACAACAAAAUCGCACAGUUUGCCAGAGCAGUUGGCCAGGAAGACAAUCUGGAACCAGGCACUAGGGAAACCAAUGGAGAUGAUGUUCCAUGUGAUAUCAAGAAGCUGGAUUUGACAAUGGCUUUUGCCACGCCCCACAUGGCGUUCCUCCAUUACACCAGGCUGAACACCACAGACGACAGGCAUCUCAUUGGCUACUCAGUCAACUGGAAAAUAGCUGAAUCACAGAACAUUUCCAUCUACAAGAACAGAGAUGCAUGUUCCAAUGAUGUGUGGCAGACAAAGGAGAUCUGUACAGAAAACAAUCCUUGCAGGGAGCUACUCCUGUACAUUACCAACCUACAGCCGUGGACGCAGUAUGCCGCCUACAUCGAGGCCAUCACGGUCACCAAGGCAGUACAGGGGGCUAUCAGCGACAUUCUCUACUUCAGGACCAGCGCAUCGGUGCCCUCAAGCCCAACCAACCUGCAGAUCCAGGCGACACGCCCGGGCGAGCUGGACAUCACCUGGGACCCGCCAAGCCAGGCCCGGGGCAACAUCACACACUACCAGGUGUACUGGACCAUGCGUACCCUCAAUGAGACUACCUAUGAACUUCGGGACUACUGUACACAACCGCUGACUCCAUACAAUGUGAAGCUGGAGGAGGAUGAUGAGAUCGAGGAGGUCAAGGCCACGGGGGCAGGGGGAGAUAACAACACCAAUAACACGGACACGUGCCCCUGCCAGUGUCCAAAAACUGAGGAGGAGAAAGAGGUGGAGAAACGCGAGCGGGAAAUGGACAUCCUCUUCCAAGACUACCUGCAGAACAAGAUCUACAUCAAACGUAUGGAGGAAGAGCCGGAGAAAUGUUUGGACGAUGCCUCCACCACCAUGGCAGCGCGCAGGCGCAGGGAAAGGGCUCCAACAAAACGGUCCAGGCGAUCUGAAACCGAAGACACCCAUUCGACCAAUAAGUACACGUACCAGGACAGCACUGAACCAUCCGUGCUCAACAACUCAGACGAGACAGACAAGAAUGGGAGCGCAGUUGUGGUGAUCGAGGCUGCAGCCACUAGUCCUGAGCCACCCACUGCCUACAUGGCCGUCGUGUACCAGGAACGACGCUUUGUCAUCACAGGGCUAGGGCACUUCCUAGACUAUAAAAUUGAGGUGAUAGCAUGCCAAGCGCGAGAACGCGAGGCUCAGUCGACUCGUGAUAAACCUGAGAUGAAAAUGAAGUGCAGUCAGGAGGCGAUUGGAGUCGGUAGAACCAUGAAAGAUGAGGAGUCGGACUCUCUGAACUCGUCGCUGGUGAACACUACCAUGGUAGCCAAUAACUCCAACGCUGUACACAUCAAAUGGCAGGACCCCGUCAAUCCAAAUGGGCUCAUUGUGACCUAUGAGAUAGAAUACAAGAAAUCAAACAUACAGCAUGUGAAGCCAAACACAAUCUGUAUAACAUAUAAAGUGUAUCGCGACCAGUAUCAGAGAGGCUACACCCUUGAUAAGCUGGACUCCGGCAACUACACAUUUAGAAUACGUGCUACGUCUCUCGCAGGCAAUGGCUCCUGGACUGAAUACAUGUUUUUCACCAUAUCUGCAAAAGAAGACCCACCAACAACAACAGCCACCCUGGUUGGUAUCCUAGUAACGGUGGUCGUAGUGAUUAUCAUCAUCACCAUAGUGGUAGUCUGGCUUGUGGCAAGACACAAGUUUCGUAAAAACAUGAAUGACCCUAUGAAGAUAUCGGCAAACCCAGAUUACUACCCAGAUUAUACAGUGUACAAGCCAGACGAGUGGGAGGUGGACCGUGACAAAGUGAAGCUACUAAAGGAGCUGGGCGCCGGCUCGUUCGGCAUGGUCUAUGAGGGGAUGUACAGGAUAGAGGACGACAGAGAAGAGGUGCGGGUCGCCGUCAAGACAACAAAUGCCAAUAGCACCGACCAUGACCGAUACAACUUCCUCCAGGAGGCCUCCAUCAUGAAAGCGUUCAGGUGCCACCAUGUGGUGCGUCUCAUUGGUGUGGUGUCCAUCAAUCAGCCUGCGCUCGUUCUCAUGGAGCUCAUGCCUCACGGCGACCUCAAGAAGUUCCUGCGCCUGCACCGGCCAGACGAACCUGAGAAUGAGGGUCGUCGGCCGCCCAUGUUGAAGCAGAUCCUGCAGAUGGCAGGAGAGAUUGCUGACGGAAUGGCGUACCUUGCCGACAAAAAAUACGUGCAUCGAGACCUCGCUGCAAGAAACUGUAUGGUUGGAGAGAACCUCACUAUAAAAAUUGCAGACUUUGGUAUGACCCGAGACAUAUAUGAGCGAGAUUACUACAGAAAAGGAACCCGUGGUUUGUUGCCAGUGCGGUGGAUGGCACCUGAAAGUUUAAAGGAUGGUGUCUUCACCAGCAUGACUGAUGUCUGGUCGUAUGGUGUUGUGUUAUGGGAGAUGGCCACCUUGGCAGAACAGCCCUACCAGGGUCUGGCAAAUGAGGAGGUGUUACAGUAUGUGGGCAUUGGCAAAAUCAUGGAGAUGCCUGAGGGGUGUCCACAGCUACUUUAUGACCUUAUGGUGAAAUGUUGGAGGUUCAGACCAAAACAGAGACCUACGUUCAAGGAGAUAAUUGAAAUCUUGUUACCUCACUUGAAUAGGGACUUCCGGGAUGUGUCGUAUUUCUUUAGUGAGGAAAAAGCUCAGUACGACGAAUCAAAACAUGUAACUACCCACAAUGUGGUGACUAAUAAAUGCACAGCAGAUCAAAACAGUGAGAUAGGUGAUGAUGAGGAGGAGGAGGAGCUUAAUGGAUGUCCCUCUAAUGACUAUGUGGACGAGGCUCAGUUGCCCAUGUUGCCAAUGGUGGGGGCGUCCAACGGGCACUCUGUGGAGUUACAGGACAUCUUCAGUGACACCGGGGGUACGUACCCCCACUACAGCAGCUCUCAUAACAAACAGCACGUAGGGUCCGCGGAAAUGUGUGAUUGCACUGCCCCGUUUCCUGACGUGGACGAAGGGGCUGCCGCUCCGCCUCACAUGGAACUGUACAACAGGCGGAGCGUGUGCUCAAGCCCUAAUAGUGCAAUCGGCGGCUCUAGUGAUGGAAGCAAGGACAGCAGUAAAAGUUCAAGUAGUAGUUAUGCUCAUAUGAAUGGACUGAGUUUGGCCAAUGGCCACGUACCUGUGAACUUGCGGACCACGCCUUGCUAGCGCGUCACGCCUUUCUCAUGUUGGUUUCUCAUUGUUUUGCAACAAUGUACUGGCUCAGUACAGCACGGGUUGCAGCGUGUAGCGAGCGGUGGCAGUGGUUUAGAUGAAUGCUAGGACAGGUUGUGCUGUUCACGUGGGAACUUAGCGAGGCCUGGUUGCCUGGUUGGAGUGUGUGUCUAGUGCUUGUGCUGGCUAUGCAAGAAGGGAACAGUAGGUGGGACAGAGGACAGAGGCUGUCAACAUUGUGAUACUUGGACAAUCAGCUUCUACUGUGUGCUGGACCAUCACUUGUGUAUCAGGAGUACAACACUGGUGAUAAUGUUGCUACGCUUUGCCAAGGAAUAACAGCAACGUACAAGAAUGUCUGCUUUAACAUGCAUACAACAUCUGUGUAGUGGAUGCUACUGCAGUUCAAAAUGUGUCAAAUAUUCAUAAGGUUUAAGCAUUUAAAUUUAGGCAUUAAUGUUUUUUGUUGUUGACUGUGAUUUGCCGGAAAUGGUUCUCAAUACCAUUUCUUCAUGCAGUAUCGCUGUGUAACCAUUCAACAUGCAAAUGUUUUUAAGUGCGAUCAUUGGAAUGAGUGACCUGUGGCUCCACAACAUGCAUUAAUCCAAGUAGACUUGUUGGCAUCUAGGACUGAAAGCACACAAGUAGCAUUUCCCUUACCUAAUGACAUUCCUAAAUAGUCAAGUUUGUUUCAGUAAUGUUCUCAUGUGGAGGGGACAUAUUUUGCAAUGAAUAUUGCAUCAUGUCUAGUUAUGUAUUGUACAUAUUAAUUUGUGUCUUGCUCUGAGAAAAAUGGGCAUAAUGCCUGUGCGUUAAGUGUCCUCCCAGAUUAGCCUGUGCAGUCCGCACAGGCUAAUCAGGGACGACACUUUCCGCCUAAACAAGAUUUUCGGUAAGAAGGGACUUCCUUUAAACGAAAAAUACCAUAAAAGCGAAAAGUGUCGUCCCUGAUAAGCCUGUGCGGACUGCACAGGCUAAUCUUGGAAGACACUUUACGCACAUGCAUUAAGCCCAGUUUUCUCAGAAAGCGACACAUUUCACAGCGCCACAUCACAGUUCAACAUUGUCCAAAAAAUCAAAACUUUCAUAAUAUCCCUUCUGUUUUUUUCCCCCAAAAUUAUGGAGUGCUAUCUAGAGAUUUUGCCAGACUAUUAACAUGGCAGGGGGUAGGGAAAAGGUCAGGGUUAGGUCUUAUGUGAAAAAUGGUAGGAUGUUAAAGUUUUCAUAUUAUUAAGUGAUUUAAUGUGUUGUUUUCACUGCACUACUUAUAUUCAAUUAUCAAUUUAGUAUAAACAUAAUGAGGUAUGUUUUGUUAUUAAUAAUGAUUUGAUGUUGAUAUCAAGGAAUACUGCAUGUCAAUCUUUUAAUUGUCAAUAGCCAAUACAAACAAGUUUUGUGUGUCUGUAUGUAUAACAUCAUUGACAGAUGAAAUAGGAACAAAAAGGGUAUACAUAGUUUUUAAGGAUUGGGCCUCAUAUUUUAAGGUGGGGAAUAAAAGUGGACCAGCGGACCCCAACCCCCCACCACUGCCAAUCCAUUUUAGCUAAAUCACUAGUGGUCCGUCCUUCGUUUAAAUGAAGCUGAGGAUAACUGGCUUUGUAUUUAGCCAUAGCGUUCAUCGUCUUGAACUUAAAAUUACAUUUCAGUCAUAAAGCUAUAUACAUGUAUGUCUUUACAAAGUAUUUCCUUCCAAGUUCAUGGGUCACAGAGCUUUUUAUGCCCCCUGUAGGGUGGCAUGUAGCAGUUGAACUGUCUGUCAGUCAGUCUGUCUGUCUUUCAGUCUGUGCGUCCGUUCGAAAACUUUAACAUUGCCCAUAACUUUUGCAAUAUUGAAGAAAGCAACUUGAUAUAUUUGGCAUGCAUGUGUAUCUCAUGGAGCUGCACAUUUUGAGUGGUGAAAGGUCAAGGUCAUCCUUCAAGGUCAAAGGUCAAAUGUAUAGCUUCAGAGCAGGGCAAUAGGGGGCAUUGUGUUUCUGACAAACACAUUUCUUGUUUUCAUUAAAAUUGGGUAAAAACAAUUUAGAAGUACAAUCAUGUGUGCAUGUAUUUGAAUGCAAAAAACAAUUUACACUUGAUUGCAUGACGUGUUUGUUUUCUAGUUGACCUAAUGUUGCAGCUUUAAAAUCAUUUGUUAGCUGUGCAGUAUGUUAAGGCAAAGGGUGAUUAUUUAUGAAUGAUAGAUUUUUGCAUCUUUUUGAAAGCAAUAUUGAGACCCAGUUGGGCAUAUUGAGACCCAGUUGAGCAUAUUGAGACCCAGUUGGGCAUAUGGGUAUUAGUCACUCUCUGGGAAAACAGGGCUUAAUACAUCUUUGUUAGAGUAGUCCCAGACUAGCCUGUGCAGUCUGCACUGGCCAAUCAGCGAAGACGUUCUCCACCUAAAUUGGAUUUUUGAUAAGAAAAAAAAUUACUGUAAGAGCAAAAACUGACGUCCUUGCUUAGCCUGUGUAGAUGGCACAGGCUUAUGUGGGGCCAUACUUUAGGCUCAAACAUUGAACCCUGAGGCUGUUUUCCCAUAGCGAGGUUCAUACACAUGUAUGUAUCCAUAGUUAAUUAAAGGAAUAAAAGAGGAACAGCACUGGAACACCAAAGAGUUUCUUACUUAAGCAACAUUAUUGUAAUGUUAACUUAAUGCAUAUAAUUUUUUUUAUAGAUAAACACAACUGUAAUUAUUAACUAUGAGGUUUCUGUCAUUGGAUUCCUUGGCAACAACCUAAAUUAUAUGAUAGAAACAAACUUGCAUUUGAUGGAUGCCAUUGGAUGGUUGUCCUUAUUAUUAAGAAUCACAUGCAUGUAUGUGUUAAUUUAGGUUAUAUUAUACAACAGUAUAAUGCUGCUAUUCAAAUGUUCAGAAACAGGUUUGUUUUAUUGUGUGAAAUUUCAUGUGAAAAUACAGAAUAUGUUCUAUUUAUUUAUUGUUCCUAAAUCGUGUGUACUAUGUGAUUACCUCUCCGUAUAGAAUGACAUAUUGUAGAUUGCCCAGACUGUGAUAACACAUAUAUAUUCUUGUAAAUAGCUUUGUUUUAUGUUGCCAAACCACACCUACUGUCUUGAUGCUUGUAUUAUUUCAUAUGCAAUGUGGAUUCUGCUACAUCUUUCUUUUGUUUUCAUGUAAGACUUGCGGACACGUGUGCGUGUCUGUCUUUGUGAUUUAUAUGGUUUAGUGGUCGAAGUGACCAUGAACAUUGACAACAACAGUAUAGCAACUUAAACAAAUGACCUCUCUUAAAUCUGUUAGUAUACCUCAUAGAUUUAUGACCUCUCUUAAAUCUGUAUGUAUACCUCAUAGAUUUAUAUAAUAUAUAAACAUUUUUAUAUCCAUCAUUAAAUUAUUCAGGUUGAUAUUUAAUGAUUUAGCAAUCAAGGGGACCUCCAAAGUUGAUUUUAAUCUUUUUGAAUCUCUCAAUUUAGUUUUAUGAUUAAAGUAUGCCUUUGUUAUGCUGUGUUAAAGUACAACCACAGGUCUAUCCAUGUAAUCAUGAAGCAUCCUAGCAUUUUUCUUAUUGUUGUUGUUUUUUUAAUAAAUAUUUUAAGCAUUUGCAUAAAAAUGUUGUUGUUUAAAAUAUAUGGAAGUAUUUAAGACUUUGUAUUUGAAAAAUGUUUUUUUUUUAUUAACUGAUUUUAUAAUGUGCUGAUACUGUCAGUUGUACAUGUAUUAUAUCCCCUGAUACAUUGUAAAGGGGGUGGAUUAACACGUACAGGAAUCGCUAUGGACGUUUGUCUGUCUCUCUGUGGACCCAAACUUGUCCAAUCUUUCACAAUAUUCAACAUAUCUCAUUAACUUAAACAGGUAUUAGCUUGAUACGUUACAUGUAUAUUUCAUUGGGGUUAAGUGCAGCACGCACUAACUGUUUCUUUUGCUUUCAUAUUUUUAGAAUGGUUGUAAUUGUGUGUUCUUAAAUUUAAAGCAUAUCGCAAAAACUAAGAGGUAUCAACUUGAAACUUUGUAAGAAUGUAUAUAUUAUGGAGGCAAUUUUAUGUUCACAAGUGCUACAACUCUUGGUUCCGUAUUUUUACAGUUAUUGCCCUACAUCAGUUUAUAUUGUUGAGCUAUUGUGGUCAUUCUAUGUCCAGCUGUCAUGUGUCAUCAAUUUUAAGCUUGUUACCACUCUAGAAGCCAUUUCAUGCAAUCUUGUUGAAACUUGGUCAGAAUGUUUGUCUUGACAAUAUCUAUUCAAAUCUGGGUCAGGUGCAUUCACACCUAGGUCAUCCUCAGUGUUACCUCUUUAGGGGCCAUCUUGGUCAGAGGGUAUCUUGACAAUAUCUGGGUCACAUGCAUCAAAUAAUAAGGUCACUAGAACAAAAAAAUCAACAUUUAUGACUCAAGAUUGCAAAAACUUGGUUGGAAUGUUUAUUUUGUCAAAGUUUGAAUCUGGAUUAAUGCAUCUGAAAACUAUGUCACCAUGUCCAAUAAAAAAACAACCAUUCUAGAGGCAACAUUUCUGCCUUAAUUUUAAGCAAAAAUGGUGAAUGCAUUUCUUGAAAAGAUUUAGCCAUGUUUGAAUCUUUGUCUAGUGGGGUCAGAAACUAGGUCACUAUGUAAGUCCUCAAAAUUUGUUGGUGUCUGUGAACUCAGGUGAGCCAUCAUGGUCCUCUUAGAAUGCCUAAAUUUUGUUGAAAGCUUAACUCUUUCAGCGCUGAAACAGAAAUUUAAAGGCCUUUGCAAACAGUUUGGAUCCAGAUGAGAUGCCACAGAAUGCGGCAUCUCAUCAGGAUCCAAACUGUUUGCUAUUCUGAUAGUAUUCUUUGAAAAAAAAUCAAAGAAAAUGCUAAUUUUAGAAAUUCAGCAGUCAGCAGAAGACAUUUUAGCAGACGACAAAUUUCCCAGCAUGCAAAGGGUUAACUUGAAAAUCAUAAGAGGUAUCAUCUCUGAACUUAUAUUUGUUAAAAGGUUAUUAGGGGAGGUGCAUUGCCUACCUUCUGCUUUCAUAAUAUCACAGUUAUCAACCAAGUGAACAUUCAUGAUGACAUUUUGUACAGGGCAUAUCUUUACUAUAAUACGAGGUAUCAAGAAGAAACGUCAUGCCCACUUACAAAAGUGGCAUGUGGGGGUAUUUCUGACACGGCAUUGGCAGUUCUAGUAUUAAUGUUUUUAAAUUUAGUAAUUGUUAAUUUAUCUGCAGUUUAUCAUGCCAUACAUAUUAUAAAAUCAUAUUAAGAAAGAAGUUUUUGAAGGCCAUGAAUAUGGCAACACAAAUCUCUUGUCAUUCUGGUUUGUUAACCCUUUCAGUGCGGGAACUUAAUUUUGAAGGCCUUUGCAAACAGUUUGGAUCCAGAUGAGACGCCACAGAACGUGGCGUCUCAUCAGGAUCCAAACUGUUUGCUAUUCUGAUAGUAUUCUUUGAAAAAAAAAUCAAAGAAAAUGCUAAUUUUAGAAAUUCAGCAGACGACAUUUUAGCAGACGACAAAUUUCCCAGCAUGCAAAGGGUUAAAUGUGGAGAUGAUUACCUGAUUUGCCUUAGGUAUGUUUGCCUGUUCCUAGUUUAUUUCUUCUCUGACUACUAGGAUGUAUUUUGAAUGUAGAAGUGCUGGUUUCAAGUACAAUAGUCAGCAGUGGGGUUGUAAUAAAUGAUACUUUAACUCUGGGAAGAUUAAACAGUGAUUUAUUCAAAUGUAAUAAAGUUAAAAUCUAUGUUUUUAUUGUUUAAAUAACGUUUUUAUUGUUUAAAUAAUUGAGUAUAAAUUUGAUGUUAUAAUAGAAUUUUGUUAUGUAGUGCACACUGGUUUAAAUUUGUAACCUGUACUUAACUUGUUUCAAUGCAUUUCUUGCUCACAGUUAUGGCUAGCUUUUGCGAUUGCCUUUAGUCCGUAUUUUGGUAACAACAUUUACCUUGUCAACACUCUAGAGGCCGCAUUUAUUGUUCAGAUCUAUUAAAUAGACACCAAGAGGCAGGGUAUCGGAUUUUCAAUUUAUGGAAAUUUUUAAAGUUUUGAACACUCCUGAAACUUGCUCUUUUAAAUUUGUUUCUGAUGAAUUAUUUGCCAUGUUUGAAAAAUAAGUUGGUCCUUUGCUAAAGAUUGCUGUAAGGGUGCAGUUUUCCCUUACAUGUCUUUAUUAAAAUCUUUUUAACUCCACCAGCGCAAAAUAAAUUAACCUUCUUUGUUCUCAGGUGAGCUCUGUAGGACCCAUCGCCCUCUUGUUAUAUGAAGUAUAGUAGAUAUGGACAAGUAUUAUUAAUCAGAAACAUCUUUUAUGUCCAUGUCAAUUUACAACUUACCAGUCCCGUAUUGAGUAUCAAAUGUCCAUUUGCUAUUUCAUACUUGCUCUGAAUCUCAACGAGAAAUGCUAAUUUUCAUAACAUGGUCUUAUUUAUUGGUAGAUUUACUUCGUUCACAUACAAUCGAUGUCUUCAUAUUACCUGGUUUGUACGAAGAUUUGUUAAUUCUGGUGUUUCCAAGUGAUUUUUUCAGGUGACAAUUCAUCAUGAUCAUAUCAGGAGGUCUUGAUACAAUAUUGUGUGAGGUACACACAGAAGAUUAUCGCAUUUAACAAUACUGUUCAAGUAAUAUUGUUCAAUAUUUAAUAAUUGUAGAUUUUCUCAGCUAAUACAGCUUACGUGGUGUCCACAAUGUUAUACUCCAAUGAAUACAAUUUCUUUGAAUUAAGCAUCUCUCUAACAUCCAGUAUUAUCACGUUUGACAACAAAGCAUCUGAGGAAGUGGUACUUUUGUGGUAUCACAUUUCCAAGCUUGUAUUGAUGCAGGUAAUAUCAAUCCAUAAUAUUUUUUAACCAAAAAAGGAAAUCAAUAAAUUAAAACUAUUUUGAUGUGUUAUUCUAAAACAAACUAUUGAUUAACUUGCAAAUCUUUCAAAUAGUACAUAUUUAAUGACAGUGGUUGUGAACACAAUAUUGACCCGUUUCCUGAUUCUGUAUUUUUGCAUUGACAGGUUUAUAUAUUUACAAUGAUUAUCAUGAGAUAAUUUGCCAUAAUUGAACAUUUCAGUAAAAUGAGGGUUGUGAUAAGGAAUUAUUAUUUUCUAUUCAUGGGUUUGUCAAGUUUAAUUGGUGGUUUUGAUGUUUGCAUAACAUUAAUAAACAUUUGUGUCGUUGCUAGACUAGUUUGUGAAAAUUAAAAUAAUCAUCAAUUGCUAAAAUGUUGAUGUUACCAGAAGAAUAAUUUUCUGAUUUCUUUUUCAUUUAAUAAAUUUUCAUACAAUAAGGAUAAAUAAGCAAACAUUUUAUUGUCCCCUACCGGUUUCACCGGAGGGGACUUAUGGUUUGCGCUUUGUGCGUCUGUCUGUCUGUCACACUUUUCUGGAUCCUGCGAUAACUUUAAAAGUUCUUAAUAUUUUUUCAUGAAACUUGCAACAUGGAUAGAUGGCAAUAUGGACAUUAUGCACAUCAUUUCAUUUUGUUCCUAAGUCAAAAAUUGUGGUUGCUAUGGCAACCCCCCAAAAAAAAUAGGUGGAAUUUCUGACACUGGAGCGGGUAGGGGACAAUAGCCUUGUUAUGAAAUUACUUGAAAUCAAAGAUGAAUAACUUAAAUUUCAUGUACUUAACAAAAAGCUUUUUUGACCCUUGUAUUUUUCAAGUAUGACUUUGGUAUCUGAUAGGAUGAAUCAUGCAGACUGAUAAUUAGUUAAACGUUUACAGUUGUAUCAUGAGGCAAAUGUGAUGUUGUUACAGGUAUUACUGAAAAUUGCUAGCAAUAUUGUUCAAAUUUAAGUUACUUUACAAAGAAUGUACUUCUGCAUCUCAAUUUACCCAAGAACUAUUCUUAUAGCAGGAUUUAAAGUGUCAUUUGUUAUGACCAUUUGUACAUGGAUGUAUGUUAAAUGAUUUAAAUAUGUACUUGUUUUUCAUGUCCGAGGUAGAGAGAACAAAUGUAACAUGUGAAAUAAUAAGCAACAAAAUCUUGGCUUUGUUCCAUUUGUUUUCUCAGUCUUGAUAUUUUCUGGUCACUUAAAAUUAUGAAUUCAUAUCAUCAUUGUAAAUAUCUCCUAAAUUACUUGUGUAAACAAUUGCUGAUCUAUUUAUUAAACUAUAUUAAAUGUAAA